AUUAAACCGAUACAUGCAGAAAAAAGAACCACGCACUAAUCACACACAGGUGGGUGCAUCAGGUCUCAUGAUUCACAGCAAAACGGACGCACUUCUUGCAGUCUCUCUUCAGCCAUCCAUCCAUCCAUCAUUCCACCCUAUGUACCCUGUGAGGGAACAAAUGGAUGGGAAUCAAAACGCAUACAGAGAGACGAAAGCCACUACAGAUCCAUUCAAUUCGCCACCACACACUGGCCACUCCCGCUCUCCCGGCACGCACGUGAAUCGCUACCCAGCCCUUCGACCAUUCACUCUGCAUGCCUCACAAGUCGUCUCCAUCCAUCGCACCGCCAUCGUCUUCUCCCUCGCCGUCGCCAUCGUCGCCGUCCCGCUCGUCGGCCCCGUCAUCACCGCCCCCCUCCGAUGCGUCGCCGUCGUCCUCCUCAGGCUCCGUCAGCAACAGCUGGAACACGCCAUCCUUGUCGAUGUACCCGAGCUGCUGCCAAUCGAACUGGCAAUCCUGGUCGCCGAGAUGCUCGUUGAAGCCCUUCUGCACGCCCGUCAGCUGAUACUUGGCCACCUCGUCGAGCCGGGCCUUGUGCACCACCUCACGCAAACCGACCACCUGCCCUUCACUGCCGGCGGCACGGAUGGCGAAGCACUGGAGAGGCGGCACGGUCACCUUGACGCGCUUGUCGCCCUGCUGUUCGUAUCUCGUCCCGCCCACCACCUCCCUGUUGCUGCUCGUCUGUGUGGCCGCCGACUUGACGAAAUGGCCGACGGCCGCCUUGACGCGACGUCUCAGCUGGGUGUCGCCGAUGAGGUACUGGUCGAUGGCCGCGGGGGCAGCCGAUGGCUCGUGCAGGAAGGCGCCGAUCUUCCAUGCGAUGGCCUCUGCCUCGUGUGGUCCGAAUGCCAUGUUGGAUGGGGAGGGGUGGGGGUGGGCGCCGUCGUGAUGGGGGGCGAGGGGCAGCAGACGGGAGAGAAGCAGUGGUCGCGCUGGGGGGCGAGGGCGCCGUUGAUGGCCGACAUGGUGGCAUUGGGCAGCUCGUUGAGCACCGUGGUGUACUCGGCCAGCACGAGAUUCCGCUGACGGCGGUCCUCCUCAGUGGCCGUGGGCAAGCAGGUGAUGUCUGCCCCAGCCCGCAGCAGCACCAUAGUGGUGCGCUUCUGCCAUUCGGCUAUCCUUGUUGGGGGUGUGGCGGGAUCCGGGAGCCACGAGGCAGCGCUUUGGAAGGGAGGAGGGAGAUGCCUUCUUGACCUGUUGAUGUCCGCAGCUGAGAGGCGGCGACACAGGGACUCGGCCACACAGGGGGAGAUGUGGGAGGCCGCCGCAGCGAGAGGGGUGUGUUGGUCAAAAUCCUCCCCCCGGACGUCCGCCCCGUAGGCCACCACCUGAAACGUAGUCACAGACAACAGCAGCUGAAGAUGGACGUCAGUGAGUCCGACUGUAUCUGCGCUGACCAGAUCCACAUAGCUGUCCAUGAAGUCCUGGGAGAAGAUACGCCCCUAUAGCCGGCAUGGUGCAGCACGUUGCGACCGUCGUCGUCGGUUUCGUUGGCGAAUAUCCUGAGCCGCUCAUAGAUGGCGAGCAGCUUCUGCUCGUAGUCACGCGAGGGCCGUACAAAAGCGUGCUCAGUCACCAUCACUGGCAGCAUCAGCACCAUUGCCCCGUCGAUCUCCUCGCCGAUCUCCUCGCCGCGCUCGAGCAGCAGGUCGACGGCAGCUUCGUUGCCGGCGGCAAUGGCCACUCUGAGAGGCCUUCUUUUGUCCUGCAUGUACCCCUCCGGGGCAUUGAUGUCUGCCCCACCAUCGAUGAGGGCGGUGAUGAUGUCGCUCUCCAGCUGAAGAGAUGACCACAGCGGCAGGGCGACGGGGCACGUCUCAUCGUCCGCCAUCCAGAUGGACGGCAUUGUGUAGCCACUCGCAUUGUCGAUGGAAUACGACAGCAAGGGAUAGCCGCACCGGCCCGUCCCCUUUCGCAGUAGUGGUUCGACAUCCGGGUCAGCACCCUGCUGCUCGAUGAGAUCCGUCACCUCCUGGGCGCUGGUGAAGGUGCGGUUGAUGAUGCCCCGCGACAGCCGUCUGCUGGCGCGCUGGUCCCUUGUCGGAAUCGAAUGCCAACAUCGGUCUGCCCCAGCCAGCCAUCAGGGAGGUCGCCAUCGGAUGAUGAUGAUGCUGCAGCCGCCGCCGAUGAGGAUGCAGCCAUCUUCUCUCACGCUACCCUACGCUACAGACGCACACGCACACAGGUGUGCGGACCAGCCUCUCUCAUGCGGUGUCUGAAAACGUUGCCUACCUUCUGCAUGCGCGUUGAUGAUGUCCAUCAGUAGAUGCCGAAACCGCCGCAACUUGCCUGAUAAGGAGGAAACGACUUCCCUGAACUUGAAAC